AUGAGCCUCUCUGCUGACGUUCGACAUCACCUCGGGACGAUUGAGGAGACCUCUCCCAAUGGCUCGUCUCCCGCGGAACCGUCUUAUCCAACUACAUACUUCUCGAAGGAUGCAGGCUCAGGCUCAGACGAGGAUGAGGAGGCAUUCGUGUACCCUGGAGCAGAGCCUGAAGCUGUAGAAGAACAGCCGCCUUCACAAUCCUCACCCAUCCCGUCACCACUUGCUUCCAAUCCUACUCCUUCGACAGCGGUAUCUUCCUUACACGCAGAUUCAUCGCCGGCUCCAAGUGCUCCGUCUGCUCCACUGGCUGCUCAGCCAUCUCCUGCUCAGCUCGAAGCCCUUUACGCAGCAGCGUCUUCCGGUGAUCUGCAGCUUCUGCAGAGCAUAUUCCGCAACGCCUCCGAAUCUGAUAACGUUGCCGCGUUUUCUUUGGCUAAUGACGCGUCAUCUCGUACGGGCUUGACCGUGCUGCAUGCUGCUGCAAGCAGAGGUUAUAUUGCGAUGGUGAAAUGGCUGAUCGAGAGCUGUGGUGCUAUCCCUGAUCUCGAGGACAAAGAAGGAGAGACCGCAAUUCACAAAGCUGCCCUUCACGGGCACUUGGAGGUCGUCAAAUACCUAGUUUCUCUAGACACCGAUGUGCAGGCUCAAGAUGCUGAUGGGUGGACAGCUCUGCAUAACGCGUGCUCGAAAGGUUAUUUGGACAUUGUUCGAUACCUAUUCCAGAAGGGUGGUUCUGCCGAGGAGGUGAAUGGAGUACAUGGAGUUGAUAUUCGUAGCAAAGGCGGGUGGACGCCUCUCAUGAACGCCGCAUCUAAAGGACACUUACCUGUCGUGUUGUAUUUACUGACCAAACAGUCUGCUGACCCCUUGAUCAGAAAUAACUGGGGCGAAACGGCAUACGAUGCUGCAGCGGCUGUUUUUGAAGUCUGGAUUUGCCAGGUGCUCGCCAAAUUCGAAGCCGAGAAGUGGCGAGGCACCACUGUUACUUACGAUCCAUUGGCCGUACACACCACAGUACCCUUGAUACUCUACGAGAAUCAGCGAUUGGAUACUCGCUUGAAGACGUUAGCGAUUUCUGGGGGACGGCCAAAGUUCUCUGCUUCGGGAUUGGGGAAGCGCGGACGUCGGCCGCCCUUUGAGCUUCUGCUGCCUAAACCCGACGAGGACACGGGGAAGCGACUUUUUGGUGCAUGGCGGAGUGAUGUGCAGCUACCUCUACGAGAGCAACCCUUGACACUUCCAAAACCAGGCGCAAAGGAACCGGCAGCCCGAGAGGGUGCAGAACGCAGUCACUUCUGGUUGUCUGAUUGGACGCUAGAUGUGACUCCUCCUGGAGUUGAUGCAGAAACAGGAUGGCAGUACGCCCACUCUUUCGACGAUCCCGACGACCAGUGGAUAGCUGAACCUCCUGCUCAGCUCGAGCGCUUGCUCACUGGUGGGAGUGCCGUCACUGCUGGUUUUGGCGCCUCCGGGUCUGGCAAUGGUUUCAGCUCUCGUUCGUCUUCGCUUCAUUCUCAAUCGUGGGUGAGGAGGCGACGGUGGGUGCGUGUGAUGCGCAGACGACUCGAUAUCCCACCUCUCCCAUUCGCGGCACCCGAUGGCAAUCUCUACCAUUGGCUCAAUGAUGGUAGUAUGGUUCCAUAUGAGGAAAUUCUUAGCGACUUUGGGGAUGUGGACGGUCAAGAACUCGGUGCUAUGCCAAGUAAUCCCUUGACAACUGCCCAGGACUAUGUUGCUCGUGCACGCUAUCUUGCCGGAGCGCAGAAUGAUGACGCGGACUCUACUGCUGGAGUGAGCUCGGCUAUGGAAGCUCGGCGAACAAUAGCCAAGUUGGAGCGUGCAACGAUGGAGCUCAGACAAGGAAUACUAGGAGAUGAUGAUGUGACUAGGAAGACACAGGCCGAGGUGCUUCUCAACACAUAUAGCCGCGAGCUAGAGCGGCGCAGACUCGUUGCUGGCUCUCAAGGAUUACUUCUCUCCCGUCAAGACGGCGAUUUUAUUGACGACGACGAUGACGAUGACGAUGAAGAAGAAUUUCACUAUCCUGGCUCCUCGCCCCCCGAAAAUAUGCAUGCUGCCUCAAUACGAUCUUACUCCACUGAUUAUUUUAGUCGAACCAACUCUAGAACCCCUACGGAUCUGACCCCCCACCUUUCUCAGGCCCCGGAAUUUCGAGUGCCUACACAUGAAGCCCCUCAAAAAGUCCUAACACCUCAAUAUACCCCUCCUACGCCGCAUGAAGUGCAUGCUCGGUGGGAAAGAGAUGAACGUGUUUCCGAAUGCCGUCAAUGCCAGCGUCGUUUUACUUUUCUUCUAAGAAGACACUGUCGUCGUUGCGGACGGAUUUUCUGCGACCGCUGUUCUUCCUAUAAGGUCCUCCUUGACCCUCAGGACAUAAUUCAGGAUCCCACUUUUCCUGAUACGAUGGCUUCAGCGUCCUCUCAGAGAGUUUGUCAGUCAUGUUAUGAAGAGGUCACUGUCAGCGUCCCGAGUAGGUUCCGGGAGACAAGAUUGUCUUCGAUGGAGCGAAUCUUCAUCGAUCAAGGUAGAUUGUCGGUACCGGGUGCCACCAGGGAGGCUAGCUCGCAAUUGAGUGAUCUCGCCGACUGUCCUGUGUGCAGCCAAAAUCUUGCGGAACUCGGUCCUGCUUCUGCUCAAGAGACCCACGUCAAGAAUUGUUUGGACGGAGGUUCUGGGAAAUCCCCACAGACGUCCAAAUAUCUGGUAUAUAAGCUGCCCGGUGAAAGUGCUUUGAUCGGAACUGAAUGUGUCAUUUGUUUGGAGGAAUUUAUGGAAGGCUCUACGGUUGCACGGUUGAGCUGUCUAUGCAGCUUCCACAAUGCUUGCUUGUCAAGUUGGUUGCAACGUGGCAGAAGCUGCCCCGUGCACGCUCGGGACCCAUAA